AUGGAAGAUACACUACAAUUAUUAACAAAACAAAUAUCAGCACUUUAUUCUUCACCGAAACUUGAAUCUUUUUACCUGGAAUACUUUACGCGUAAAGCUAAGAAUGCUAAAUUAGAAGAGAAUGCACCAGAAGUUGUCAAAAAAGUCGAAAAAGCAUGCAAUGAAUUAGGUAUAAGAAAUGUUUCAAGAUUUUAUAAAGUAGAAGAAGAUUAUUAUGAAUGGGAACUUCAGAGACGUGCGUUUCGAUUAGUUGCACCAUCAAUUGAUCAUCUUUGUAAAAGUGUCAUCUUUGAGAAUACAAGAUGCAUACACGAUAAUAUUGAUGAUCCGUUAAAUUCAAAAUAUUAUUGUGUAAUCGAUCAGUAUAUUGGAUCCAUUAAUACUCAAAAAUUAAUGAAUUUUGUUCGCGGAUUAAAGAAUAAAUCCAUUAGCAAAAAGAACUAUAAUUUUCGCGUCGCAGACGCAGAGAAAUCGAUUGAAUUGACCGGAUUUGAAAAUAAUGGGGUGUCACCUAUUGGUAUGAACCAAAAACUCCCAAUAAUUAUUGCCAAAUCUAUAACUGAAUUGAAACCCGCAGUAUUUUAUUUUGGUGCUGGACACGUGAAUUGGAAAUUAGCUUUACCUGCAAAAAACUUUAUUGAUGCAACAAGAUGCCUGAUAGCAGAUUUAGCAUAG